GUACAUUGGUAUUGUUGGCCAAUCAGUUGUCGCGAAAAGAGCCACGUUUAAAAGUAUCACGUGAGAAACAUGGCGGCCUCCUGUGGCUGAAAACACAGUUUCGAGUUUCUGCAUUUUCCUCAACAGAAACAGACCAUGAUUGUUUCAGGAGACCUUCUCCGUGUGAGAGGUUCUCUGGAGCUCAAAUGUCUCCUGGACAGCACGGACGUGACUAUCAUGCACAAAGCCAUCUCCAGGACAUUUGAGAACCUCCGUUCUCACGUGAACUCGGAGUCCUGUGUCCUGAGGGUCCAGGACAGUCCGGUUGUGAUUUGGCCAAACAAACGUGUUCACGUGACGCCGAAAGAAAUAACGCCGAGCACGACGUGUGAAGAAUUACAUAAGUGGAUACAGACGGAGGAACAUGAAAUAGCUGGCAAAAGGUCCGCGAAGAAGGGCAAAAAGAGCUCUGCAACGAGAGUUAUUUGCCUCGACCUAAUGACGGAGGUGACAAAGCCCGGUCCUCUCCCUGCACCCAUCCUCACCAGAACCAUCCAGGAGUCCUACUUCCUGUCUACGAUCCUUCCCAUGGACUGCGUUGUCUGCAUCUGCUCCACCGACACAAUUAAAGACGCCUGUGAGCGCCUGUUGGGGGCGCUAACAAAUCAGCUGCAUGACAUGGAGCGAGAAAUGUUGCGCCACGCGAAGGGAACGACGCUUUCGGUCCCGGAGCCUUACCACUUCCUGCUUCCGGAGUCCAAAGGGUUGGUGACCGCCGUCUAUCCUGCCGAGAUCCCCGACAGCCAGCUGGAGGCCCGGCGGAAGGAGCUGCACGAGCGCUUUGAGCUACCGGACGACCGACCCUAUUUUAGACGAGCCAACGCUUACCACUUCCCCAAUGAACCCCACAAAGACGGGUACCUCCGAAACCCUCACCUGGCUCUCACGCAUCCCACCUUGAAAGACGGAAAGGUGUACUUGGUGCAGGGGCUUUACAGUUACCACCACUACAUGCAGGACCGCAUGGACGACAACGGCUGGGGGUGCGCUUAUCGAUCCUUGCAGACCAUCUGCUCCUGGUUCCUGCAGCAAGGCUACGUGGACCGGGCUGUGCCCACUCAUAAGGAAAUCCAGCAGGCUUUAGUGGAUGUUGGAGACAAACCAGGAUCCUUUGUAGGCUCUCGUCAGUGGAUUGGAUCCUUCGAGGUUCACGCUGUCCUCAACCAACUCCUCGAGGUCACGUCCAAGAUCUUGUUUGUUAGUCAGGGUUCUGAGAUGGCCUCCAAAGGCAGAGAACUGGCAAACCACUUCCUGUCUGAGGGGACUCCUGUGAUGAUUGGUGGUGGGGUCUUGGCCCACACCAUCUUGGGCGUCGCCUGGAGCGAGACCACCGGGGAGAUUCGCUUCCUCAUCCUGGACCCUCAUUACACAGGCGGAGAGGACUUGCAGGUCAUCACAGACAAGGGCUGGUGUGGCUGGAAAGGAUCUGAGUUUUGGGAUCAAACCGCUUAUUACAAUAUGUGCCUCCCCCAGAGACCAAAAGCAAUCUGAUGCACAGCAAUGAUGAUGUCAAAUACUUGCAUUAUGGAUUCUUAUGGGAUCUAAUUAGAUAGUGCUACUGUUGUGGCUGGUCAUUUGAGCUGCAGUUAUGUAACUUUUAUGUCCAAAUACAAUAUUUUAAACAACUGCAUGGUGUGCUUUGCUGGUCGCUGAUCAUGUUUUUGCAGUUUUAAGAGGUCAGAAUGUUAUUCAUAUAGAAUAACAUGUCACAUUGAAGAAUAAAGUAAGCAUCUCUUAUAAUUUGGUCAGGGACAUUUGGAGUUUCAGGGGACAUAAUCCACGUUGACUUGGAUUAAGACUUUAUUUUUGAAUAUUUACGUUUCUGGCGACACGGUGGAUCAGCUGGUAAAGCGUUGGCCUCACAGUUCUGAGGACCCGGGUUCGAUCCCUGCCCCGUUUGUGUGUAGUUUGCACAUUCUCCCCGUGCCUGCGUGGGUUUUCUCCGGGCACUCCGGUUUCCUCCCACAUCCACAAAAAAACAUGCAACAUUAAUUGGACACUCUAAAUUGCCCCGAGGUGUGAUUGGGGGUGCAGCUGUUUGUCUCAAUGUGCCCUGCGAUUGGCUGGCGACCACUUCAGGGUGUGCCCCGCCUCCCGUGUGUUGACAGCUGGGAUAGGCUCCAGCACUCCCCGCGACCCUCGUGAGGAUAAGCGGCAAAAGAAAAUGGAUGGAUGGAUUGUCUUAGACCUUGUUGCCCAAAGAAGCUGAUUCUCACACUUAGAGUAGUGUUUAAAAUAAUAAUAGUCCAAUAUGACUAACCCUUUCAACAAAUUGUCCAAUUGCACACCUUACUUUGUGAAUAUAGGUUUGUUACUCUCCUCUACCACUUUUUUUUUAAAAGAGCAUAAUGAAGUUAACUGUAGUUGAAAUCUUGACUGAUUGGAAUCUUGCAAAUGGAGAUUUACAAGGUGGGGAAAACAUGGACAGCAGCAACAUUGAGGAACAUCGGGCACUAAGUACAGUAUAUUUCAAAGGCUCAUUUUUACUUGGGUAUAUGUAAAAUACUUUUGUUACCUCUGGUGAAAUCAGUGACUCUAAAAGUUCAUUAUUAGUACCCCAAGUUGUAUGCGGGCUUGUUCGUUGUGCGUAGUUUCAUAAUACAGUCCAGUUGUAUUUAAAGUACAUUUGAAUUAAAUCAUUUAGAACUGUUUUAGAACUUAUUGGAGUACAAUUUUGUGUCUAACUUAUGUGCAAUCGAAUCAUAUUAGUAGACUUUUUAUUUUCUUCUACUGAAGUGCACCCUUCAAACUGCACAUUGUUACAGUGGCUUACAAUAAUAUUAAA